UAUACCGUUGGAUGGGUAGCUGUGCUCCGCUCUGAGCUAAAUGCAUGCAGGCUGCUCUUAGAUGAAGAGCAUGAGCAGCUCCAGCCGAAAGAGAAUGAUGACAAUACCUAUGUCUUGGGCCGAAUGGGAGCGCACAAUAUCGUGAUUACCUAUCCCGGAGCAGGGACCUAUGGGACAACUGUUGCGGCGCAGGCGGUAACUAAUAUGGUUCGCACAUUUCCGAGUGUUCGAUUUGGAUUAUUGGUUGGAGUAGGGGGAGGUGCUCCAAGACCACCAAACUCCGAAGAUGCUAGCAAAGAUAUCCGACUUGGCGAUGUUGUUGUUAGCAAUCCUAAGGGAAACCACGGUGGUGUUCUUCAACAUGAUAUGGGCAAGUGGAAAAAUGACGAAGAGUUUAGCAUUGAGUCACACCUAAACAAACCCCCUGGAGUACUUUUAAAAGCAGUCAAGUUAUUACAAUCGAACCAUGAUCUCGGACGAGGAAAGAUGAGCCAGUAUAUCCAGGAAGCAGCCAGAGCGUCCUCGGAACAAAAAGCUUUGAAAGCAUAUCAGUUUCCAGGACGUGGUCAAGACCGACUAUUCAAGACGGGCUAUCAACAUGCUGGGGGAGAAAGCUGCUCAGGCUGCAGUGUCGAAAUGACUGAGAAGCGCCUGGAUCGAGACUCGGACGAACCUGUGGUUCACUAUGGUCUCGUUGCAUCGGCGAACGCGGUCAUGAGAUCUGCCCAGCGUCGCGAUAAGCUGAGAGAUACAUGGGGUGUCUCUUGUUUCGAGAUGGAGGCGGCUGGACUAAUGGACAACUUUCCAUGUAUAGUGAUCCGGGGAAUUUGCGACUAUUCGGACGAGCACAAGAGCAAGUCAUGGCAGCCUUACGCCGUUACUGCGGCGGCAGCGUAUGCAAAAGAUCUUUUAGGGGUUAUUAUGCCAAAAGAAGUCACAUCUAUCCCCCCGGCCGAGGACGCUAUGAAA